AUGAGCGUCUUGGGUGGCAAGUUCUUGGAAAGGGUCGGAGAAUACAAGAAUCUUGGUCACCUCUCAGACUUUCCAGAAAUUGAACAAAUGAUGCACGAAUCAUUUAAUUCAACCACAAUGUCUCAAUCACCAAAUAACUCUCAAGGAACCCAAUAUGUAUAUUAUCACGAAGGCGGCGUACCGGGCAAGCGGCCCAUCCUAACGGGAUCCGCAGCCAAGCCGACCUUUACAGAACUCCCGCGCAUCGACAUUUCCCGGGCGUACUCAACCGAUCCCGAGGCCCGGCGAGCGCUGGCGGCCGAGGUCAAUGACGCCUUUACCAAAGUGGGCUUCUUCUACGCCGUGAACCACGGCAUUGACGCCGCGGCCGUGGCCGACAUGUUUGCCGCCAUGCGCGGCUACUUUGCCCUGCCCGAGGCCGUCAAGAUGGAGGCGCACUCGCGCAAGAACCGCAAGUUUCGCGGCUACGAGCCCAUGUUUUCGACGCGGCUGGACCCGACCACGCGCGGGGAUCUGAAGGAGGGUUUUCUCAUGGGCGAGGAUGCUCUGGAUCCCGAGCAAGACGCCCCUCCGAAAGUGGUGGAGAGGCAAGAGGCCGAGGGUCCCAGGAAUCAGUGGCCUUCUUUGCCCGAGGCGGCUUUUUGGAGGCCUGCUGUAUACCGUUACCACCGGGUAUUGCGGAAAUUAUCAGAACGGUUGCUCAGGAUCUUUUCGUUGGCCCUAGGUCUCCCUGAAGACCACUUUGAUGCCAUUACACGAUUUCCCCUGACCAACAUUCGGGCAUUACACUACCCGCCGCAGGAGCGCGACGAAGACGUCGGCAUUGGGGCGCACACUGAUUUUGUCUUCUUCACGCUGCUCUGCCAGCAGGAGACGGCACUGCCCGCACUCGAGGUGCUCAACGGCAACGGCGUCUGGGUGCCCGCGCACCCGGACCAGAACGCCUUUGUGGUCAAUGUGGGCGACUUUCUCAAGUUCUUCACCGGUGGCUUGUGGCAGAGCACUGUGCACCGGGUACGAAAUGUCACGGGUGAGGAGAGGUACUCGAUCCCGUUCUUUUAUAGUCCAGAUGAGGACGGUGUUGUGGAUGUCUUGGAACGGUUCCGAGAGACGGGCAAGACGUAUGAGACUUUUACGGCUGGGGAAUACUUUGAAAAGAGAUUGCAGAUCGAUCGCAGGACGGCCGAUGAUGGGGAUGGAAAGGCUGUUACAGCAUACUAA